AUGGAGCAACACAUCGAACAGCCAUCCAAGGGACCGCAGUCCCAGUUCGAGACUGGCCACAACCCCCCAGUCCAACACAUGAAACAACCAGGCCUCCAAUCCCAAAUGGGCGACCCAAAACCCACAUCCACCCAACUCCCCACCGAAGACAGCGGCUACCAGACCUACAAAGCCGCCGGCAAGCUCACAGGCAAGAGAGCCGUCAUCACAGGCGGCGACUCCGGCAUCGGACGCGCCAUCGCCAUCCUCUUCGCCAUGGAGGGCGCAUCGUCCCUCCUCGUCCACCUCCCAGAGGAGGAAUCCGACGCUGACGAGACUAGAAAGCGCGUCCAGAGCGCCGGCCAGCACUGCUACUCGCUGGCUGUGGACCUGCGCAGCAAGGAGAACUGCCAGAAGGUCGUCGAUACCGCGAUGCGGUGUCUCGGUGGGAUUGACAUCUUGAUCAAUAACGCCGCUUAUCAGAAUAUGGUUGAUGAUAUUCAUGAUCUUGAUGACGACCAAUGGAUCAAAACCUUCGACACAAACAUCCACCCCUACUUCUACCUCUCCAAAUACGCCCUGCCACACAUGAAACGCGGCUCAACAAUCAUCAACUGCGCCUCCAUCAACGCCUACAUCGGCCGCCCGGACCUCCUCGACUACACCUCCACCAAGGGCGCCAUCGUCUCCUUCACCCGCGGCCUGUCCAACCAGCAGAUUGGAAACGGGAUUCGCGUGAAUUGCGUUUGUCCCGGUCCUGUCUGGACGCCGCUCAUCCCGUCUACGAUGACUAGCCAGGCGAUGGAGCAGCUGCAUGCGGUGCCGAUGGGUCGGCCGGGCCAGCCGAGUGAGAUCGCUACUUGUUUUGUCUUUUUGGCGAGUACGGAUAGUAGCUAUAUCUCUGGGCAGUCGCUGCAUCCGAAUGGGGGGGUGGUGGUGAAUGGGUGA